UGGAAUGGCUGUAGCAUUUUUUCCCUGAUGACAGUAAACGUUGCAUUUUGUUUGGCAAAAACAGUGAAAAUAUAAUUAUGCUCAAUGAUGACAAUCAGCAUUUUGUCCAAUAAAGACUGUGAAUGCAGCAUCUUUCUUACCAGCAACUACAGUGAGUUCAGCGAAUUAAGUAAGAAAAGUGAGUGGAGCAUUUUGUUCCAUUGUGACAGUGAAUGCAACAUUCUUUUUUCCAUGUUCACUGAAUGCACCAUUUGCAUCACAGAAACUUGACAGUAGCUUUUUUCCUUUAUCUGCGUCACUCUGUUGUCACUCUUUCCAUAUUCUGUGUUUGAUGACAUUAUAAAUUAACUUUUUCAGCACUUAUAAGUAAAAUAUAUUUUUUAAUUGAAUUGAUGUUUAGUGAUAGCUGCGGGUUUAGCUCAUGACACUUUUUAAUUAUGAAACAGAUUUUUAUUUUCAAAGGAAAGUUUUUAAAAACUUUCUUUUGAAAGUUUGAAAGAAAGAAAUUGACCUCCUUCCCUGCUAGGAGCUAAACCCAGAGUCCCAGAACCUCAGGUUGGGAACCACAAAGCUUUGUCCGGGACUCAGGUGUUCUCCUAAGUGCAUGGGUCUGCUGAGGCGGGAGCGUCAGAAAGUGAAGGAGGUGCGUGUCUGAGGAGGAGGAGGAGCUCAGCCUCUCCUCCCUUUGCGUGUCUUCAGUGUGUCCGUGGGUUCCGCGGCAGCCGGAGUGGAGAAGCGGUUGCAGAAACUCAGCCUGCACCUGAACGCACCUGCGAUGCUCCUGGAUGCGCCUGUCCGCGCUCUCCUCCUUCUGAGCGGGGAAACUCUCCGAUGUGAGCUCGUCUGUGCGUAAAAGUGUCCGGCUCCGUCAUGGCUUAUCCUCAGGGGUUCCUCUUCCAGCCCCCCGUGUCCCUGGCUCUGCCCUUCAGCUCCGGGAUCAUCCUGGGUCAGAGGACCGAGGGCUCAGCCUUCGCUCCGUACUCCUCAUCCGCGACCUCCUCCCCCGGAUUCAGCUCCCACUCGCCGUACGGAGGAGAGCCGCGGGCCGCCGCCACCAUCAGCUCCUUCAUGAACCCGGGCUACGAUCCGUCCUCCGGUGUCUCCGGAUCCUUGGACUACCAUGCCUUCGGGCCCCUGGGGGCCUACCCGUACGGAGACCCGACCUACAGGAAGAACGCCACGCGGGACGCCACGGCCACGCUCAAGGCCUGGCUGAACGAGCAUCGGAAGAACCCGUACCCCACCAAGGGGGAGAAGAUCAUGCUGGCCAUCAUCACCAAGAUGACGCUGACGCAGGUCUCCACCUGGUUCGCCAACGCUCGGCGGCGGCUGAAGAAGGAGAACAAGAUGACAUGGACGCCGCGGAACCGGAGCGAGGACGAGGAGGAGGAGGACGCCAUCGACCUGGAGCGCACCGAGGAAGACGACGAGCCACUGAAGCUGACCGAGGAGGAGACGGAGCUGCGGAGCGACAGCGGCGUCCAUCACCCCUCUGCCUCAGAUUCCAGCCGGUUGGCGUUCCGGGAGGACCCCGGCAUCGACCGGGCCCCUUUGGACCAGAGGUUGCCCCAUGUUGCGGCCCCUCCUCACAGCGGGCCCCUGGAGGCCCUCAGAGCCUCUGAAACCAAGCGUACGUCAUCACCGAGCUCCUUGGAUUCUUGCGGCGCCACCCAGGGGCCGAACCCAGCCCCGAAGCCCAAACUGUGGUCCCUGGCAGAAAUUGCAACGUCUGUGGACAAAAACACAGGAAGUAGCGACUCGCCGCAGAGCAGGGGGCGGAGCUCUCUGAGCCACGGCCCCGCCCUGCCGAGGCACCUGUACUACGCCUCCCCGUUCAUCCCUGGAUACUCCAGCUUCAGGCCGCUGGGGCCCCUGCAGGGCGGCUCACACAUUAACGGAUUACAGCAGAAGAUGCUGCAGCGGGCCGAGGCCGCAGCCAGGGACUGCCGACUGCGCAGCCAGAGCCAGACAGAGCUGCAGGAGCUAAAGAGAGGCAUGACGAACGUGUAGCUGCUCAGAGAAUCCUGCUGAACUUUGACCCCCCCCCCCCGAGACAGUUUCACAGCUUUUCUAUGUUGAUCAGAUGUAACCUUUGUAGUGCGUUUCUGCACCCAACAUGACAUGUCAUUGAUUAAAAAAUAGUUUUAUUAAGA